GUUUUUAGCAUGCAUAUCACUUCGAACUAGCACAUUAUGCGUAUCACUUCGGACUAGCACGUUUCGAUAUACUGGCUUUUACUACUGAAAAACUUGCAAGGUGCAUGACACGAACUUAUGGAUCUUUAAAUACUGUUAAUUUAUCAACAUUUCUCAUUAUCAGAAAAACUCACGCUGAACAUUCGACCACGUGGGUCGCAUGAACCGAAAAACAAGAUUUAACUCCAAAGCCGGAAAAACAUCAAACACACUAUCAGCCACGAGAUUUUUUUACUUUUCUUAAAGUUCAAAGCAGUCGAGACGAAUUUUAAAAAACAUCUAUUAUUUAGAAAGAAUUAUGAUUUAAAAAUUAAGAAAGAAAAUUAACUUUCUUUACAUUGAAAAUGCAAAAUUAUUUUAAUAACAAAUAAAACGUUUGUUGAACAAAUAAAUUGUGAUAGACAAAGAAAAAAAGAAGAAGGAAGACUUUUAUGUUGUCAAAUUAGACUGCAAAUUAAAAUUAUCUGUAUUUUUGGAGGCUGUGAAUUAACAAAAAAAAAAUAAUAAUUUUUUUUUAAUUUAAAAUUAUGGCAAACGAUGAACCUAAGUCGAAGAAAUUUAAACAUUCCGUCAUUUCGGAGCAUAUGUACGACAUUAAUUUUCAAGAAGAUUUUUUCAAUCAUUGGCACAAUUAUACGGCUGUGAAAACGGAAAAUCUCGAAAUUAUACCAAGACCAUUUCGAGUUUGUAAAAUUUCCAAUUUUUUGAAGAACGAUGAGCUAAUGGACGAGAUAAAGAGUGAAUUAUGGAACGUAAAGACUCGAAGAAAUAGUAUUGAUCUUUAUCAAUUUGAACAAUCAAAGGAUCUUGCAAAUGUAAUGAGUAAAAAUUUAAAAAAUCUCUUUGCCACUUUUCAAACGGAUUUGGCAACAUGGAUGAAGCGUAAUACGAAAAUUGAUUUAAAUAAAAAAAUAUCAAUUUCCAGCGCCUGUUAUUCAGAUACUGAUUUUUUAUUGUGCCACGAUGAUAAUAUGGGCGAUCGAAGAAUUGCCUUUAUUCUUUAUUUAUCAAAAAAUUGGGAAGCAAGUGACGGUGGUGCUUUGGAACUUUUUGAUACCGAUGAAUAUGGUUUGCCAAGGGAUGUUGUUGAAUCAUUAAUUCCCGAAUAUAAUUCAUUAAUUUUUUUUGAGGUCACCGAUAAUUCUUAUCAUCAAGUUGCUGAGGUUGUUUCACCUGAUAAAAGUCGAUGGAGUAUCAGUGGAUGGUUUCAUGGACCAAUAAUUGAAAAGGAAAAUAUACCGAGGCCAAUUUUUGAUUCAACACCAAUUGAUCCAGUGAAUAUUGAUUAUGAUUUAAAACAAUGGGUAAAAUUAUCGUAUCUUUGCACAGAAACAAUAAAAGAAAUUCAAAUGAAAGUUGAAUAUGAAUCGUGGGCAUUUUUAACUGAUUAUUUUUUAUCCGAUGUUUAUGAAAAAUUAUCACAAGAAAUAAUGAGUGAUAAUAUAAGAUGGACAAAAGUUGGACCCGCUGAUCACAGAAAAUAUGAAAUUGCCGACGAAGAGAGUUUACCUGAAAUGUUAAAAAAUUUUUGUCAACUAUUUAAAUCAAUAACAAUGUUUGAGAUGUUGAAAAAAUUAACUGAUUUAGAUUUGGUACCAGUGACAGAAACAAUGAAACCGAAAAUGCGAAUUGAAUUACAAAGGUGGAACGUUGGUUGUUAUACAUUAUUGUACGAUGAAGUGAACGAUCCACAACUUGACUAUAGUACUGAUAAAAAAUCUGUGAUAAAUUAUGAAUCAGGAACUGAGGGUAAUGUUUUAUUGAGACCAAAUUAUUAUAAUAAUCAUCAUCAUCAUCAUCAUGGUAAUGGAUCAUCAGGAAAUAAUUGUCUUGGCGAAACAAUAAAUACACCUCCAAGUAGUGAGGAUGAAAAUAUUGAAAAUCAGAAUGUUAAAAAUGAAGAAGAAUUAAAUUUAAAGAGAAAAUUAUGUGAAAAUAAUCGUCGUUUAUCAAACGAUGGUAAUAUGUCAUCAUCGAAAAAUGCCGUUAAAGAUGAAUCAGAUUCAGGUGAAGCGGACAUUGAGGAAAAUGAAGACGAAGAAAUGAGAAGGCGAAUUUUAAAUCGUAAACCAAAAACAUCAAAAAGAGUGAAAUUGCCAUUAUCUGAUUUUGAAAUGAGUCGAGGAACCGAUUCUGAAGAAUCAGAUAUUGAAGAUUAUUUAUCAGAUCCAAAAGAAUAUGAAGAGGAACAGGAGAAAAAUGAAGAUGAACCCGUGGCUCUUGGUGGGAGUCUAGAUGUGAUAUUACAAUUCCAUACAAAUAAUGUUCCGGAAGAUUUGUCUAUAGAUUAUGCAUCUCCACAAGAUGAAAGCACUAUAAUUAAAGUGCCUGCUAAAGAUAAUUAUUUAUGUUUGGCAUAUAAGAUAAAUAAUACUUGCAGGAUUCAUAAUUAUGUUAAUCAUUAUUGCAAGGGAUUUUUCUAUAAUUUGUUAUGUACCUAUUACGAGUAAAUUUUUGAGCGUAUUGCUCAUUUUUUUUUCUUUUUCUUUCUUUCUUUUUUUUUUUUUUUUUUUGUUGUGAUUGACUGAUAUGUUUAAGAACAUAGACUCGACUUGCGGAACGAUAUUUUCUUUUCUUAUUUUUUAGAAACUUUUUUUUUUGUACAGUUCUGUAAAGUUCAAAAUUAUGUAGCAAAAAAGAAGAAAAAAAAAAAAAAAAAAAAAAAAAAACAAACAAAAAGAAUCCAAGCUUUGUCAAAUCUGUGGAAUGUUUGUCGUGCGAUUGGAAUGUAAUAUAUUAUUUGUAUUAAUAAAUUCAUCAGUAUUUAUGAUCCGUUUAUAUAA